AUGGGGGAGGCGGAGAGGCCCUCCGUGCUUGAAAGUGAAGCAUCCCCCUUUCCUAGUAGAGAAGAAGAUGGGGCAGCGGCUGCCGCUAUUGCCGCAGCUGCGGCUGCCGCUGCAGCUGAUGGUUUGGUGUUGCGCGGUGGCUCUCGAGGUCCUUCCGACGCCGCCACUGAGUCGGAUGCGUCUGAGGGGCUGUGUUCUCAGUCUCCGUCGAUAGAUCAACUGGAUACUGAGGGGUUGCCUCAUCAACGUCAGCAUCUCAUAAGGCGGCCUGGGCAGCAAGGGCAAACCGCGCAUUCAGGAGUAGCGGGGGAUAUCGCGGCAAGCACGCCAGAUGAGAGCUCCAGCGGACUUCCCUUUCGGCAGGUUAUAAACGCUGCAUGCACGUCUUCAAGUCUUCAACGAAUUGCUGAGUCUUUUCGCUUUGUCGAGCGGGCUCCGUGCAUCUGCGCAGAUGCCCGCAGUUGCACAUUUGGCGGCGGGGUGGGGCAGCUGCAGCAGAGGCAACGGCGAGAGGUGCUGCGAAUGCUUAUGCAGGAGGAUUCCUUGUCCCCUGAUCAGCAGAAGCGAGAAGAAGCUGAUCCAUUUUCCCUGUUUUCAACGAAUGUAGCGGCUCUUGCUUCUUCGUGCUGCGACAGGCAUGCCCCCCCAAGGGGACCAGUACAUGGCAACGAUGGCAGUCCUAAUGGCGUUUUUAAUCGCAGUGAAAAUGCAGUCCCCUCGAAUGCUGCCAAUGAAGCUGGUGCGGGGUGCAACUGGGAGAUCUUCGCGGCUGCCCUCGAUAAGGAGCUGGAUGCCAUCAUCGACACGCUCGACACCAGUGGAAUACUGGAAAAGAUGCAGCACUCUCUCGGCGCCUCCCUCUCCCCCGCCGUUUUCGCCUACCCCAAGAUGCAAGAGGCGCGGGCUCUAGAGGCGGCAAGCCAGGAGGCAGCCAACGAUACGAACCCCUCAACUCCUGCGGAUACUCUUCCAGCGCUACAUUCUGACUCCUUGACAGCGGCUUCUCGAGCAGCGGUUCCUGCAGUAGCCGACGAGGAGACCCCCCCGCAGGUGGAGUGCGGUGGCAUCUUCGCUGCCCUUGCCGCAGUGGAGGCGCACUGCAACGAAAUUUCCAAGAAGUUCGGUGAAAAGCUCACCAUGCUUCGGCGCAUGUAUCCACAGUGGCACCAGCAGCACCGGUGGAACCAGCAGCAGCAGCAGGAGCCGCAGCAGCUAAAAUACCACCACGUGAAGCCUUACAAGCCUCUGUCGUUCCAUGAUCGAGGGUCGCAUAUGCCGCUGUUUCCGUACCGCAACACAGCUUGUCCGCCGCCGUCCUUGUUGCAGCUUCGAGAACGCCGCAACAGGUUGCACAAGCUGUCUGAAAGGAAGGGGAGCUGGGAAGUGCGUGAAGAUCUGCCUCAUGUCAACGCCUCCUUCCCAGAUGCCGCUUGGUUCUCCCUUGGGUGCUGCGCGGGCCGCAUGUGGCGUCGGCUGCUGCUGGAAAGCGGCGUAAGCGCAAGCCACCAGCUGGAGCUGCUCAGGCUGCUGCAGGGGGAUGACCUCGUAGAGGGCUGCUUCGUGAUUGACACAGUUCGUAAGGACCGCACUCUGUCGCGGCGGGUUGUCGCAGGCCGUCGGGGACGUCGAGAGUUUAUGGAUGCUCUGUGUUUGCCGCAUGCAGUGGUGCGGGGGUGGGUCGUGCGGUGUGACAGGGAGCGAGAUCUCAUGCUGCUACGCCUCGUGGGAGUGGAGGUUUAUCCGGAGGCAAGUGCUUCCCAGGAAGAAAAGCAGGAAGAAACGUCCACGACUCCCAACCAGACAGCGGGAAGAGGGGCGGCUUGCGCGCCUGCGAGGGGCACACCGACGGGCACCCACGAGGGAGCCGAUUACCUCAAGAGGCGUCUGCUGAGAGCAGAAGUUGACAUCGGCAGCAGCGGGCUCUAUGCAGCCCUACCAGUCGCCUCUAUCCCCCGCUAUGAGUUUGUUGGCGGGCAGGCGAGCGGCUGCUGCGGCCGAUUCGUUUGCGCUGGUACAUCGGUGCGUGUCUGCCUGAAGCGCCGCGCAGCACCUGCAGGGAGCUGUGCGACCCUUGCGGGAGGCUUUCAGCGCAGCAGCAAUGGUGGAGUCGUCGAGCGCCUUGCAAAGCAGCAGCACCAGCCUUUGUUGGAUGAGACAACACUUAACGCAGCUCACGCCCACGUCGAGGCAUCGGUUGCACUGCCCGAGGACCUCCAGGGCAACCCAACGCUUGUGGAGCUUCUCCAAGAACCUUUGGGAUUUUCAGCAGCAUUGCCUUACGACGCUGCUCAUCCGCAGCCCGAGGAGGCGGACUUUGAGCAGAUUCACGCGCUGCAGAUGCCUUCAAAGGCAGAGUCGAGGGAGCCGCUGCGUUGGUGGGAUGGCGGCUCCGGGUUGUUGCAGAGUCGUUUGCCGUACAUGUUGCGCUCCAGUGGUGCCUUCAUGAAUCCAGUUGCAACACACCGGCGCCUUCACGCCUUUUCCGCUCUCCAUCUACUGGGGAUGGCUCUUGCUCCGCAAGCGAAAGUGUCGGUUGCCGAUAGCAACCCUCCGAAAGGUGCCAGUGGGGGCAGGAAGCGUGCAACGAAUGAUGGCAACAUGGUGCUCGUGUAUACAGAGGCAGAGGCUUGGGAGGCUGCCUUGAGGCGGCUCGGCGAUGGCUGUUUCAUGUCGCUUCUCAAUGCUGCAUCGCCGUGUGAAGCAAUACGGUGUGCGCUUGCGAGGGCCGAGAGGAACCCUGCAGUGCGAGCAGGAGGUAUUGGGAGACUUUUGGCUCAGGAGCAGGGUGCCGACUGGGCGAAACGCAGGCUCAAAGCCGGCGUGGCGUGCGCGAGGCGCGGCUACCUCGAUCAAGCCCUCCAGCUAUACGACUCUGCCCUGCAGCUUCAGCCGAAUUAUGCCGAUGCGCUUAUUGCCAGGGGGGCUGCGUAUGCCAACAAGCUGGACUAUGAGAAAGCCGCGGCAGAUUUAGACGCCGCCCUUGCUUUGGAACCCGCCAACAAGAACGCUGCGAAAUACCGUGCAAUUGUGGCUGAGCGAAUGGAGGGCAAAGAGCAGGGGAAGCCUGCCGCGUCCGGCGAUCGCGACAAAACACCGUCCCCAGAUAGGAAACAAUGCAAGUCUCCCGAGCAUGCACGCCUGCAUGAACUCCGUGCCAGUAGGGCUACAACGAUCAUUCGGAGAACUCCUGGCUCCGCAUCACGCUCCGUCUCGAGAAAUGCACUGACGAGUGCAGCAGCUGCGGCGAAUGCGAUCCUGGAGCAGGCCGCUGCAUCGGGGAUGGGAAGGGGAGCCUCAUCUCUGCUAGGAACCAGCAGCGCAGUGGACCGGAUUCGCAGCCAGCAGGAGCAGCAGCGUCAGCACCUCUUACACCUGCAGCAGCAGAAGCGCCGAGCCGAGUUGAUGCAGAAACAGCUGCAGCACAGUCAAAAAAUGGAGCGCCAAAUCUUGGAGAAGAAGCGCAUAGAGCAACUUCGCCUGCAGCAGCAGAUAUCACAGCCUUCAUCAUCCCACUCGAGCAACAGGAGCAAGGAAAAGUCGAAUAAGAGUGACAAGAAAAGCUCGAAAAGCAAGCGGAAGCGAAAGCACAGCGACUCUGAUAGCUGA